GCUCGAGUCUCUCUGCGGCGCUCAGGCUGCUGCGGAUUUUCUCAGCUGGGCUUUUAUUAUUAUAUUAUUUUAUUAUUUUCGCUUUUUUUGGUUAUUUUUACACGGAACUACUGCUUUAGUGCUGGGAUAUACUCACAGAGGCUCCAGUGCCACAAUGCGCCGUUCUCCAAAACGAGGCUAGUAGAUGCUGACCUGAGCUCUUUUUGGUGUAUGAGGGACACAACCUACAGAUGGAGUCGAGGGCUGCUCACCACAUUCCUGGAGUCUCUUCAUCCAUGAUGGUGCAGCCUUUGCUGGACAGCAGGGUCCCUUAUGGUCGGCUCCAGCACCCACUGACCAUCUAUCCUAUUGACCAGAUGAAGUCCUUGCAUGUGGAGAAUGACUACAUCGACAGCCCUGCAGUGGUGUCACAGCAGCCUCCGAACCACAAGGUGGCCACCAGGGGGCAGGAGGUCCUGCUUGGAGCUCAACACGUUCCUCACCUGUCCCGCUGCGAGGCCCCAGAUGCCACUACCCACCCCUGGAUCUCCUUCAGUGGCCGACCUAGCUCCAUCAGCAGUAGUAGUAGCACAUCUUCUGAUCAGCGGCUGCUCGAGCAUGUGGCACCCACCCCUUUGAUGGACUCUUAUUCCAGCGGUGGAGGCCAUGCCAGGAUCCUGGGUACAGAGCAACCAAAGCUUCCAGGGUCCAAACCCCAACACUCAAAAACAGGAGCAGCCUUGGCAACUGAGAAAAACCAUAUGCCUUUGUGUGACAAGUGUGGAAAGUGCAGGUGCACAGAGUGUACGCUGCCCCGGACCCUUCCCUCAUGUUGGGUGUGCAACCAGGAGUGUUUGUGCUCAGCACAGAACCUGGUGGACUCCGCCACCUGCAUGUGCCUAGUCAAAGGCGUGUUCUACCACUGCACAGAGGAUGAGGACGAGGAAGGCUCCUGCGCCGACAAGCCGUGUUCCUGUUCACACUCAAACUGCUGUGCACGCUGGUCCUUCAUGGCGGCCAUUUCACUUGUGCUGCCAUGCCUUAUGUGCUAUUUGCCUGCUGUGGGUUGUGCCAAGCUCUCACAGAAGUGCUACGACAGCCUCCGGCGCCCGGGCUGCCGAUGCAAAAGUGCUCAAGCCUGCAAGGUGGCAGAGGUCAAGAAUUGUCCUCUGGAGAAGCAGGCCUCAUGAUGUCACGUCCAAAAGAAAGCUACAAAGAAGGACUUUGAGCAGAAGGUGGCAGAACCUUCUCCAGUUCUUGCAUACUUCCCCCAUAUCAUGGUACUUAAAGGGUUCAUGCUCGGUCCUUACUGUCAUAGUGUAAUGCCACAAUGCGCAGUCAUGAUGUUUGCUAGAAUGACUGGCACAAGUCUUAAGUUUAACUACAAAGAGAUAAGGCCUGUUUUUUCCCGUUGGGGUUUUUCUCUGUGGGAUCAAAGCGUUCUGUUAUUUCACCCACGAGUUAAAAUACAUGCCAUCACAAAAUGCUGCAAAAAUGUCUGUUUUCUCCUUUGGUGAUUUUGCCUUUGGGUGGCUUGGAACAGUCAAAGUAAAUAUCACCUAUUCAAGAGCAUUCUAUACUUUGGCAAUCCCUCCCCGGAUCUGGCACUGAGAAACGGUUGCAGUGCAUUCCAGGCUGAUAACAUGUUACAAUCAAAAUAACUAGACUUUAUACCUCCAUGCCCACUUAUAAGCUUGUUAUAGAGCUUUUCUUCCCUUUUUUGAGGUGAGAACAGAAGGCGUCAUUGUUUUGGUCAAAGGACGUCAAGUUCCUUUGUUGCCCAGAAAUGCAAUUUACUACUUUGGAAAAUAAACAGGAGUUCAGUAUUCACCUCUGUGGAAAAGCUCGCUGUCCAUCAUCUUAGGGACAGAUUUAUGGGUUUUAAUGACAAGUGACUUUCACAUGUAUUCAGAUGCAUGUAAUCAUACGUGAACUUCCACAAUAUUUCUUCCAAAUAUUCGCAGUUUGAUUUGUUAUAGACAAGAUAUCACCUCAGGGAGCACAACUUUCACAUAUUAUGUACAGUAUGUAACUACAACAUGGUAGUUGAUUUAAUAGGAAACUGCUACACACAAAAGGAAAUCAUUUGAUAAAAAAAAGGGAAAAAAAGAAAAAAAACAUCCAUAAGCUACAGGACAAAUGAGUCAGCAGGAGGCUAUCCCAAAAUAUCAAACUUUCACUAAGACACCUAAAAACCUAACGACAAGCACAGUAUUAUGUACAAAUGCAUGUACAAUUAUCAUAAUUAGUGAAAUUCUAUAGGUUUUCCAUGAACCAAACCCCUCCUGGUGUACUCUACUACUCAUAGGAUUCAUGAUUAUGCAGUUUUGUGGUUUGUCUAGAAUUAGGCCGACAGAUCAUUUGCCAAAGGAGUUCUAGGUUGUAAAUUUUAGUUUACGUGGGUAUAGCUUUUUAUGAUCUAAUAAACCAAACCCACAGCAAGGUA